UGUGUGUGUUUUAUUUCUUCUAGACGGUAGUAUUUACUACUUAGACUUAUCUCUAUUCCUGUUUUAUGGAACUAAAGACAGCUGUUGUGAGAUUUUUCGAGAAUUUUAUAAUGAUUUCAAGAAAUCGAAGCAUUUGUCGUUAUCAAUGUCACCGAAAUGCCUCUGAAUAUACAAAAUGACUAACUUGCUGCUGCUGCUCCUCCUCCUCCUCCUUUUCACGUUGUUGUUCCUUAACUGUCGAGGAGAUAUAUACGUCAAACCAACCCAAGGUAAACACAAAAUUGAUCCUAUGGAAGCUGCAUUGUUCAAGACUGUCCAGCAUGUGGUUUCAAUACGGUCGGGACAUCGUUUAUCAUAUUGGGGCGAUAACCAUUUCUGUGGAGGCUUUUUGAUCACUGCCUCAUUGGUUAUCACUUCGGAAUGUUGUGUCGUCUCCAAGAUUGAAGUAAUUUCCACAAAGGGUCUUAAAAAUUUAGUUGUUGCAGUCGGACUAAUGGAACGUUUGUCAACGCCAUUGCCAAAUCAGCUUAUUGAAGUUGAGAAAUAUUGGCUAAGUUCAAAAACAGAUACACGAAUGCCCCACGAUUUGGCCAUAUUGUUGUUGAAGAAUAAAGUGCCAAUGCUGCGUUUUUUCAGGUACUUGCAACAAUUGCCAUUGCGAGAGAUCCCUGAUCAAGUGCGAUGCCGCACUAUGGGCUGGGGACGAUUGUAUCCGCAUGGACCCUUUUCCAAUGAGUUACUGACCAUGGACUUGGAAACUAUCAAUGCGAGACAUUGUGUUAGGCAAUAUGGCGAAUCUUUCGAUCCAGAUAUGCAAAUCUGCACAGUUAGCAUGGAUUUUCGGGGUCCCAUGUGUCAGGGAGAUGUUGGUAGUCCGCUCCUUUGUGGCAACGUGCUCUAUGGCGUGGGCGGACUGAUUAAUGUAUCGCAAUGCAUUGGGUAUGAACCCAUUGUAUUUAGCAGUGUAUAUAAACAUGUGAGAUUCAUUCAAGACAUAAUGGCAGGUGGUGCUGGUGUAAUAAGAAGAAGAGCCAGUGAUCACUUGGCUAUGUUGCUAAUGACCUUGACCCUUGGCCUUUGUUAAUUUGCGGGUCGUCAAAUCAUUUCCCCAUUCAUUCAUCAAACUGAAGUGAACCGAAUCGUUCGUUCGAUCGUAAAGCAAUCAAUAUCUUUCCCUCUCUGCUUCCCGUGGGUUUUAGAGUGUCUCUUUCUGCCUGCCUUACUUGUCCUCUUACCUAUUGUUUGCCCAUGUCUCUAAAUGCUUUCAUUCAAAUGGCAUUAGUAAUUUGAUUGCCAUUUUUGUUUUUGUUUUCGUCUGUUGUUGUUGUUAUUAUUGU